CAACAUCAAGUAGACCAUGACCAGUCUUACAUUUUGCCAUCACAAAUCUAACCUAACCUACAGCAGAGUGGCUACAAAGUGGCAAAAAGUCAUACAUAAUGGUCAAAUAGGACAAAAAUGGACCAUACUGCAAUCAUGACUCACCCACCACUUCUCCAAGGCUCCACGACACGACAGGCGCAGUCAAACAUUGCGCAAUAAUGCCAAGGAAGAUAUAAAUUUUGGGUGCCCACCAAUAUAGAACCAGUCACUUCUCAUUCCCAUGAUGGAUUCCCCCCGAUGGUGUCGUCCCUCGGACUUACAUUACCCAAAGGUCUGGUCGCAAUUUACCAGAACAAACAGCGACGGCACGACAUACGAAUUUCAAAUUCAAGAUUUACCCGAAAAUUUGUUCUCAAAGUGCCUGGAUUUUAUGGUCAAGUAUUUCAUUGCAGACGAACCAUUGUUCAAUUGCUUAGGUUUUGCAGCCGAUAGCACAUCCGUAACUAAUUUGCUGAGUUGUUGGAGGAAGGCUUUAUUCGAUAAAUGCACGCUCAUUUGCACACUUAAAAACUGUGAUUCUAAUGAAACUGAAAUCGUUGGAGCAUACAUACUUUACUAUCACCACAAAGUACAUGAUUGUGACGAUGAUUGCAAUGGGAAGAGCUAUAGAGCGUUGUUCGACAUAGUUACGUACAUGGAGAAGCAAGACAAUCGAUAUGAGCGGUUCUGUAUCGAUGAUUAUUUAGACGAGUUCGGUGUCAGUGUCCAUCCGAAAUAUAGAGGUUUGGGGAUUGCUACAGAAUUAGUUAAAGCACGCAACUUGUUAGGAGAGGCUUUGGGUUUAAAAUACAGUUUUAGUUUGUGCACUGGAAUUGCCUCACAGAAGGCCUGCGAGAAAAUGGGUUACAAAGAUUUAGUUGAAGUAAAGUACGAAACAUUGCAAGAAGUAUUUCCCCAUUUAAACGUACAUGUUAAAGGUACACCUUCGCUUCGAUAUAUGUAUAUACAGCAUAAUUGUUAAAUUUUGUUAAAUGUAACUUAUGGGCAAUAAUGUUUUCUUAUCUAUGAGUGGCAUUUCACUAUCUGAACGUCACCACUUGGUAAAAGUUUUUUGCGAUAUUAAGUACAACUUUAUAGACAUUUUGAGAACACAAUAAUCAGCACAAUCAAUUUCAAAUGUACUUGUAACACAUAUGGUUUUGGAACUAUAUUUUAAAUGAUAAUUUCUGAUUUGUUAUUGUUUUCCAAAUUGCGUCACUACGCCCUCUUGUUUCGCUUACUGGAAUUAUAAAGUUGUCCAUGCCAGUUUUUCCGAGAGUCUUUCUUCUAAAUACAGGGUGUUAAUACUUAGUAGUUACACCCGAAAAUGGCAAUUAGCAAACGACUUUUCUUAGUUCCAAUUUUUGAGUUGGUCCUAUGUCUUUAUUGAUGUUCUGUUUUUUCCAAAAAUCGUCAUGACUCCUUUAUCUAAAGGACUAUUGCAAAAAAAAACCUUCCUUCAGAUCUCUAAAACAUUUGCGGUUGCAAUUAUUUCUUAUUUUUUCAAAUAAGAAAAUGGCGAGCGAUCAAAAAUUUCAAAAGAAGGUUUUUUGAUAACCACUUGAAACUAAAACAUUUAUAAAAUCCCUAAGCUAUCUUCUACAAUAUUUGUCCUAAACAUUUGUUCCAAUCUAUCCAAAAAAAGGCUUUAGACAUUUACUUUAAUUACAGAUAAUUAUGAACAAACUAAAAAAAGCAUUUAAAUAGAAGUACCUGCCAUUGCACAAUGAAACAGCAGAACUUUGGAUUUACAUCCUAAAAUAAGGCGAUUAAACCAAAAGUUGCUAAGUAACGUUACUUCAAAUAUGGCAUAUAAUAAAAGAAUAAAACUAUAAUCUGGGGCUGAAAUACAAAAUCCUCUCGGAUCACUUUCUGCAAAUGAGAUGAUGAAGAAUAAACAGUCCACUUAAUUAGACAUGUGUAUUCGAGAUAACGUCAAUAUGACUUUAUUUUAUUUCCCUUAUUUUUAAAUUAUAUAUCAAAUGGAGACUUUAGUUUCAACAUGAUGGGGCACCAGCUCAUACACACGAUAGGUAAGUAACCACAUUGCUAAACCGGGAAUACCCAAUGAAGUGGAUUGGAAGGAGAGGUCCCGUUGCGUGGCCAAGCCGAAGUCCCAACUUAACUCCACCAGACUUCUUUUUCUGGGGUCAGAUGAAAACCUCUGUAUACGAGACACCAGCGAACACAGAGGAAGAACUAGUGGCUAGAAUCGUGGCUACAGCUACAUCGUAAAACAGAGGCAGGCUGUCAUUGUGAUGGUCUCUAUCAACAUUAAAAAAUGCUGACGCCAAUGGUGGCCAUUUUGAAACUUGAAAUUGAAAAAAAUGUUAUUGCCAUUUUGUUAUUUAAAAAAAUAAUUGCUAAUACAGAUGUUUUAGAAAGGUGAGUUUUUUUUUUUCAAUAAUCUUUAAAGUAAGGAAGUUACAACGAUUUUUAGAGAAGCAAAAGAACGCCAAUAACUUCGAACCGGGGCACCAAAUCAAAAAUUGGAACUAAGAAAACUUGUUUGUUUUAAUAAGUGUGCAGUUUUCGGGUGUAACGAGUAUUAACACCCUGUAUACAAUAGUUGCCGACCCGAUCCGGUAGUACUCUGGACUGGAGUGAUGUAAAUAAAUGAAACUAUGUUUAGUCUGUUCGAAUUGAGCAUCCUCAAACUGUUCUACCCUGGCUCAUUGGAUCUGUACACUACGUCCAAGAUACAGAGGGCCAGUAAGAGAUAUAAAUUUGGGUAAAUGGGAGAAAAGUUGCGAAAUUAAAGGUGUAAGAAGAUAGCGUUUGGAAAUCCUUAAACAAAUUGGUUUUUUGAGAUAUUUUGAAACUUUUUUUCGGUUUUACGAACUAUUUUUUUCUGGCGAAAAAAAACACUUCUACACAGCAACUUUUAAUGCUCUUUAAAGUGGGGGUUGUUAAUUUUUUUAAAUGGCCCUGAUACUCCGACAUCACAUUCUUAAAGCCCCUUUCAUUCUGAAUUCCAAGGAUGUAUAGCACUUUAUGGUUUAAUUGCGAUUUAGUCUUAUCUUGGACAAAGUGCAUAAUUUUAAGAGCCAAAUUUGGAAUAGUGCGAAACAAACUUUUUUAACUAAAACAUUCAAAAAAAUUUCAAAAUCAGUGUCUUCUAAGGGUAAAAAUAACAAACAUACGAAAUUUUUCUUCCACACUUCACUAAACACUUUCUUCCUAGCUCGCCAACUUCAGAAGUUGUAAAAUCGCAAAUUUUUGUUUUUCACUUACACAAUAAAAAAAUAAUAAACUA